AUCACACACGCACACACACACACACACAUCAGUUUGGUGUGGCGCCUUUCACGUUCUCUCUCUCGCGUCUUGUCUUUUCCUCGUCAAAGCUGGGGGUCUGCGGCGGCGGCGGCAACAUGCAGCGGAACACCGUGGUCGUGGUGGCGGACAAGACGAGCCUAAAGAGGCCGUUUAUAUUCGCCUGUGUUGUCAACAUGGCGCCGUGUUUCAUCAUGUUGACCAUGACGGCGGCCGCCCAUCGGGACCUCCUGCAAGCGGGCCAGCUGGUGUCCAACGCGUCCGUGGUGAUUCUGUACAUCCUGGAGAUGUCCUGCCUGCUGCUGUCGCUGCUCGGCGUGUACGGAGCCUUCCGGGGGAAGAGGUGGUGUUUGAUUCUGUUUGCGGCCGGGAUGGCGGCGGCCAGUCAAACCAUCAUCGUGAAAACAGCCCUCAGUUACCAGGAUAUUUAUGAGACAGGAGUGGCGAGAGAGGAGACCAAGUUGUUGUCCAUGAUGCCGCUGAGCGCUCCCAGCAAAGUCAACAGGACCUUACUUCACAGUAUUCAAGCACAUUUUAAGUGCUGCGGGCUCAUUGAAGGCUACAAAGACUGGGGGGCCUCCAUUCCUGCAUCUUGUCAUUGUCAGUCGCCGGGUAAAUGUAUACGACUGCGAGGCAGCGCCACCUUGGGGGCUCCAAAGAACCAAUAUGUUUAUCAGGAGGCAUGCCUCCCUAUUUAUGUCUCCGCACUCAAGCGAGGAUUCUCAUUGGAAAUGGGAAUUAAAUUUGGAAGCGGCGUUUUUUGGGCUGUUUUAAUGGUGAUGAGCCUGAAGCUGAUGGUGCAGAUGAAGCGCAAACAGGAGUUCAUGGCCCUGCUGCAGUCCAAUCGAUACGUCCCCGGCGCCUUCUAGUGGUCACCUCCACGUCACGCCUUGAAUUUGCACAUAAAUAAACACAUUAUGCUGUAAGAUAACCGUAAUAACCUGGCUGGCUGCUAGUAAGCGUCAUGCUAUUUGAUAUACGUACAAAACACGCAUGUAAUCUGAGGGCCUGAUUACCUGAGCAGCUCAGGUGAGCUUCAUGCACACACCUGCAAAGUCUCUAGUGAGCAUUUGAUUUAUAACACCACUUGAACUUGGAUUGGAGAAUACUCAUAUAAUGUAACCGACUUCUGAUGUAUGUACGUUAUGUAACGCUAUUUAAUAACCAUAAGACCAUUUUAAAGGCUAAAGACUGCGAAUGUAAAACGCUUUCUAUACAUUCAUGACAUUUUUUUGGUAUAAUUUCAAAUAAUAUGUGCACUUUAUGAUGUAUAUUCUUCAUGCAUAUACACAGUUUUUUUUAAGUAUGUCA